AUGGUGUCUGAGGACGACGGCGCUGGUCCCCGCAAAAGGCGGAGGAUCACCCCUCCUAAAGCAGCUCCUUAUAUGCUCCGACCACUACUUGACCAAGUACCUCUAACGCCCGACGAUCCCAACGAUGACAUCCACAUCACCAGUGUCGAGUAUUGGAAUGACAACCUGUAUAUCGGAACCUCUACUGCCGAGAUAUUACACUUUGUUUGCCUUCCUUCAGACCCUUCGGACAACGCAAACGAGUCAUCCUUCAUUCUAGCCUCAAGACUCCCCAUUCCUUUCUCUCGGACCGCGACAACCCCCCUCAAGCCUCAAGGAGUUCAGCAAAUUGUUCUUCUUCCAGCCGUGAACAAGGCAUGUGUGCUCUGCAAUGGGACCGUUACCUUCUAUAUGCUACCAGAGCUCAGCCCCGCGUUCAGUAACACCAAAGUCAACAACUGUCACUGGAUUGGAGGUCUUGAUCUAAACGCGGUCCCUGAUGAUCAUGGAGUUCCAGUGAUUAUGGUCGCUACCCAGAAUAAAAUCAUGCUAGUGCAGCUAGGCGACAGAGCGCGGUGUAUAAGAAACAUCGAGUUUCCCGGAUGCUUAGAGGCAUCACGCCGAGGGAUAAUCGCCUGUGCCGCAGAUGGACACAAUUACUCAUUGCUCGAUGUGGAACAUCAGCAGAAGAUACCCCUUUUUCCCAUAUCCUUUUUAAAUGAGGCCUUCGAACCCGGCCGUGUGGAAGAUAUGCCGUCGUCUUCACCACAUCCGUUUCCCAAUUCUCUUCCGACCGAGGGCCACUCACGUAACAGAAGUUCCAGUUUAAAUACACUAGCGGGUAUGCUGCAGCCGAACCACCAAGCAAUCUCGCAAGAUCGGUCAAGCUCCGUAACACCUGAGCUCUCUCCUGAUUCUGGGACUCCAAGCCGAUCUCGUUCAAGAGAGCGAGACACGAGUCCUUCCCCUAGAAUAUCUUCUGAAAAUGCGGCUCGUACUUCUUCCAGCCCUAGUGAUGACCUGAAACCGCUCCCUCCUCUACCAAAACAGCCUUCAACGCAGCUGAAACCUCAUGUUCUUUCCCCAACUCCAUCCGAAUUCUUAUUGGUAAGGGGCACGGAUACAACAGAGCCGGGCGUUGGGAUGUUUGUCAAUAUGGAUGGUGAUGUAGACCGCGGCACUAUUACUUUCCAUAGGUAUCCAGAAUCAAUCGUCAUCGACAAAGGCGACGAGAAUAAUUUGAUCAACCCAUCCGAUGAUACCCGCGACGAACUUAUACUUGCAGUCAUUGGAACGAAGCAGGACGGAAAACCACACAAAUUCAUCGAAGUGCAGCUGUGGGAUGCAGAUCCAGGUGAAGCUGAAGAACACAAAAGCUGGGUAGAGAUACCGUUCACCCACAGUACACCGUCACCCCCGGUUGGUCUCUGCCAUACCAUGAGCCCUAGUCAACUUGAAAUAGGUGAACUGGGUAGGGUAAUGCAAAUGGUUCGCUUUAAGACGCCAUCACUAUCUCCUCAUGUCCCGGCAACUGACCCGAGGACUCAAGCGUCUAUAGAGCAGCUCCAGAAAGAGAAGGAAUUAUUUGAGCCUCAGGAGCUGACCGACUUAGACGGAUCAAAGAAAGGAGAUACAUCAGGGCGCAGCUGGGAAGCGGAGCGAAAUGCUGAAGAGAGAAAGAUCGCCCGUCAUUUAGGGAAAUCUCAAAGCAGCCUUGUUAUGUGGGCAGGUAGCACAAUAUGGCGAGUGGUCAAAAAUCCAUUAACAGCCCAGCUUGACGAAGCGCUGCAGAACGCCCAAGAACUAGUUGACGGUGGGCAUAGGGCCUUGAAUCGAAACGCUAUCACGGAUAUCAUUGAUUUUGUUCGGGAUGCAGAACCCAGGUCAGAAGCGGAGUUUCUGGGAUUGAACUAUAUAAAGCAGAAGGCGAGCAUGUUGCUCUUUGGCGACCUUAUCUUCAUGGAUUCCAAAUCCCGACAUGAGUCGACCAUCCAGGCCACGGAAAAUGCGCUUGUAACUGGAAGUUUAGACCCUCGGCUAGCUUUGUUACUGGUUCCUCUCCUUCGCUGCGAGGUCUUACAGGGCCCUCAGGGAAUUUGGGUCCAUGCUGGGCUCGCAGAGAUUGCGGAAGCCUACGUCCAAAUGAAGGAAAGGGAGGAAAACAUGAUAAGUUCUACUGCAUUUGACAGCGACAUCAUGGAUAUGGUCAAGCGUUUCCUGUUUUCAUGGCAACAGAAGCGAGGGUAUGAAAGCAUUACAGAUAAAACUUAUAUCUUUGACAGCGUUGACGGGGCCCUAUUGCAUCUGCUUUUAGAGCAAGACUCAAACAUGACAACAGAGCGUUACCCUUCCUCUCCAGUUCGAGCAGAGCUAAACCGACUAGUUGACGGCUGGAAAGGUAAUUUUGAACGGGCAGUUACACUGCUGGAAAACUACAAGCGACUUUUUGUCCUCAGUCGUCUGUAUCAAAGCCAGAAAAUGUCCCGAAAUGUGCUCAAGACAUGGCGGCGGAUCAUCGAAGGUGAGAAUGAUUCUGGUGGCGAGGUCUCUCCUGCAGGCAUCGAGGCACAGAUGCGCCGGUACUUGGUGAAGAUCAAAGACGCGCAGCUUGUGGAGGAGUACGGAUCCUGGCUAGCCCAGCGGAACCCCUAUCUUGGGAUUCAGGUUUUUGCAGAUCAUGCAAGCCGGGUCAAACUAGAGCCCGCGGGCGUUGUUGGCUUGCUCAAGGAGCGGGCUCCCAACGCGGUUCAAGAGUAUCUGGAGCAUCUUGUCUUUUCGAAAAAUUUAAUGCAAUAUGCGGACGACCUUCUGUCCUAUUAUCUUGAUACCGUGCUCUCCGUCCUAGAGUCCUCGCCGGCUGCGCGAGCGUCACUUACAGAAUCAUACUCUACUUAUCGCGCCCUACAACCACCCAAACCAACUUACAUGAACUUCAUCACCGAAAACACACCCUCCGAGCCGUGGUGGCAGUCCCGUCUACGACUCCUUCAGCUUCUUGGCGGCGGCAGUAGCAGUCAAUUCUCUUCCACGCCUACACCUACCCUCACGUACUCUAUCCCAGCUGUUCUUGCGCGAAUCGAACCUUUCCAGAACGAACUAGUUUCGGAAUCCGUUAUUCUCGAUGGGCUGCAGGGCCGCCACCGUGAAGCUCUGCGUCUCCUCACCCAUGGCCUCGGUGACUAUGACUCUGCGGUACGAUACUGUCUUUUAGGGGGCCCGCGAAGCACCAGCGCUACGGGUGCGCUGACUGAGUUCGCUGAGCAUUCGCUCCAAUCCGAACUUUUCGGAUACCUGCUCGACGAAUUCCUGCGGAUAGAAGACAUGUCGGAGCGUCUGGAUCGAACUAGCGACCUUCUCGCUCGGUUCGCAUCGUGGUUCGACGUCAGUGAAGUCCUCCGGCUUAUCCCCGAUGACUGGAGUGUCGACAUCCUGAGCGGCUUCCUUGCCCAUGUUUUCCGGAUGCUAGUGACGCAGUCUCGCGAGACACGGAUCGAACGGGCUCUCAGCGCGAGUCUGAACCUACGAGUUGGCGCGGAGUACAUCGAAGGAGUGGAGAAGGUCGGAGGCUGGGUGGAGGAUGGAGAUGGAGUACGCCAACUGAAGGCGCCUCCUUCGGGAACAGUCGAGGGGAGCGACUUUGGGGAUAUGGUUGAAGCAGGGGAUAUGAAUCGUUAA